UCAACAAUUAUUGAAAAUUAUAUUCCAGGAUUCAGCGUCCAGUGGAUUUGUCAACAGUUUUGACCCGCAAAGAAGUGCCAGGCCAUAACCAUAAACCGUCAUUAAUAUAUAGAGAAAAGGCAGCCGCAUCGUCGUUGAUUAGCAUUCAUCUGAAGUAAAGAGCAAGCGAAGAUGGGCAAGGAGAAGAUCCAUAUUAACAUUGUGGUGAUUGGACACGUCGAUUCGGGCAAGUCCACCACCACCGGACAUUUGAUUUACAAAUGCGGCGGCAUUGACAAGCGUACGAUCGAGAAGUUCGAGAAGGAGGCCCAGGAGAUGGGCAAGGGCUCGUUCAAGUACGCCUGGGUGCUGGACAAGCUGAAGGCGGAGCGCGAGCGUGGCAUCACCAUCGAUAUUGCCUUGUGGAAAUUCGAGACGGCCAAGUAUUAUGUGACCAUCAUUGAUGCCCCCGGCCACAGAGAUUUCAUCAAGAACAUGAUCACCGGCACCUCGCAGGCCGAUUGCGCUGUCCUGAUCGUGGCCGCCGGCACUGGAGAAUUCGAGGCCGGAAUCUCGAAGAACGGCCAGACCCGAGAGCACGCCCUGCUCGCCUUCACACUGGGCGUAAAGCAGCUGAUUGUGGGUGUCAACAAGAUGGACUCCACCGAGCCGCCCUACAGCGAGGCUCGCUACGAGGAAAUCAAGAAGGAGGUGUCCUCGUACAUCAAGAAGAUCGGCUACAAUCCGGCCUCGGUGGCAUUCGUCCCGAUUUCCGGCUGGCACGGCGACAAUAUGCUGGAGCCCUCCGAGAAGAUGCCCUGGUUCAAGGGCUGGACCGUGGAGCGCAAGGAGGGCAAGGGCGAGGGCAAAUGCCUGAUUGACGCGCUGGACGCGAUCUUGCCGCCACAGCGUCCCACUGACAAGCCCCUGCGCCUGCCCCUGCAGGAUGUCUACAAGAUUGGCGGCAUUGGUACAGUGCCCGUGGGUCGUGUGGAGACCGGCCUUCUGAAGCCAGGAAUGGUCGUUAACUUUGCGCCAGUUAAUUUGGUCACUGAGGUGAAGUCCGUCGAAAUGCAUCACGAGGCGCUCACCGAAGCCAUGCCGGGCGAUAAUGUUGGCUUUAACGUGAAGAACGUUUCGGUUAAGGAGCUGCGACGUGGCUAUGUGGCUGGCGACUCCAAGAACAAUCCACCCAGGGGAGCUGCUGACUUUACCGCUCAGGUGAUUGUGCUCAACCAUCCCGGGCAGAUAGCCAAUGGAUAUACUCCCGUGUUGGAUUGCCAUACGGCUCAUAUUGCGUGCAAGUUUGCGGAGAUCAAGGAGAAGUGCGACCGUCGUACGGGCAAGACAACGGAGACCGAGCCGAAGGCCAUCAAGUCGGGGGAUGCGGCAAUCAUUGUGCUGGUGCCCAGCAAGCCGCUGUGCGUUGAGAGCUUCCAGGAGUUUCCGCCGCUGGGGCGCUUCGCUGUACGCGAUAUGCGUCAAACGGUCGCCGUUGGCGUUAUCAAGUCCGUCAACUUUAAAGAAACGACCUCGGGCAAAGUAACAAAAGCCGCUGAGAAGGCACAGAAGAAGAAAUAACUAGGGUGCCAGCAGACCUACAACAUAAGCAACAGCAACAGCAACAAGAAUAAGAACAUCACUCAAGAAUCCCAGCAGCAAACGGCUAGAGCAGCAGCAACACAUCUCAAAAUAAUAAUAUCUAAUCGACGAUCAAAACGAUCAGAAUCAGAAUCAGUGGCAACCGAAGAAGAAGAAACACCAAUUACCAAUAUUAACUGCUGCAUGCAAAUAUUAUACGAAAUCGAACAAAUACUACAAUUAAUAAUAAUCACACACACAAUUAGCGUGGAGCAGCAGGGCACCACCAACACCACCACCACCAGUAGCAGGAGCAACAGUAGCAACAGUAGCAGGAGCAGCAGCAGCAGCAGAGUCAAUGGCAUCCUUCUACCGACCCAACGCGAUGGUGUCAACACGGACGUGUAUCCACUGUCCUUUCCGUUCGCUCAGUCGGUUGCCAUCUACUGCAUCUAUCUGAAUUUGUAUCGCCAUCGCAAGUCCUUUCGCAGGAAACCCUCGUCGUUGUCGUCGUCGUCGACAUGCGCAGGAGCAGAGGGAGCCAACCAAAUUGCCACUGUAGCUUGCUGCUAGCCUCAUCUCCUCGAUAUACUCAUCCAUCAUUACUAAUAAUAAAAUUUUAUUAAACAUCCGCAUCGACAUCUCUUCAUCUAACAUUAAUAGAAUAUCCUAUCAGCCAUCGCCCCAUCGUCUCACCAAUGGAUUUUAAACACUUUUUAUACUUUUGAUAAGUCAAGUCGGAGGCAUUCGAUUUAAAAUCUAUUACACACUGUAAUUUCAGAGUUUAGUUUUAAACCAUGCCCCCUCCCCACACGCGCCACCCUCCUCCCAGUCCCCUUUUCUUUAAAUGCGUUAUUGAAACAAAAACAACCAAACAAAAAAAAAAGACUACAUUCGCAAUGAAUUCAAAAUUUUCUCUUGAAACCAAAAGACAAAUGCUUAAGAAGUAUUACAAAAAAUAUUAUAACACACACAUAAUCAUGCGGUUUUUGACAAAACAUUCUAAAUGUUCGUUCGAGCCUCAUUUGCAUUUGCAUACUACACACAAUAUAUACGUUAAUCGCAGGUCAUCAUUGCCCCCAUAACCACUCUCUGAAUUUAUACACAUAUAAUUGUAACGUAACCACAACACCAAACAAAAUUCAUGGAUACAGAAACAUGUUGCUUGAUAAAAAGAUCUUUUAAAUGAUGAGAAAAAUAAAGGAAGCUUAACCGUAAAA